ACCUGGUCAAGUCCGCAGCUCCGGGACUCCUCCGGCUAGCGGAACCGUCACCGACCCGUCCAGCGGCGGAGCCGGAGCGAUGCAGAGCGCCGUGAGCCCGCCGGUGACCCCGCCUCCCAGCCUGAAGCAGGAGCCCUUCCCGGGCCUGAGCGCGGCCGAGCUAGCCGAGCUAGCGCCUGGAUGUGAGGCAGAGGACCCGCCGGACUCCAUUCAGAUCCACAAGGACGCUGAAGAAGAUGAAUUCUGCAUCCAGAUCAAACCAGAGCCCGACGGGGACGUGGAGAUCCAGUCGUACCCGCUCCUCAUGAAGCUGUCGGUCAGUCUGACGGACUGCAGCGCGUGGCUGGAGGGGCGGGACUCCCUGACCGUGGCCGAUCACCCUCAGCUCUUCACGCAGGCGCCGAAGCCGCAGCUGUCCACCAACUUCGGCAGGAAGAUGGUCUACUGCCCCGAGUGUAAGAAGGGCUUCUACAAGCUGGCUCACCUGGAGGUUCACCUGCGGCUCCACAGCGGGCAGAACCCCAACGAGUGCUGCCAGUGCGGGAAGACCUUCCCCACCUUGAUGAGGCUGGUCCUCCACCAGCAGAUCCACGACCGGCAGGAGCCGUACCACUGCUCGUACUGUGACAAGACCUUCGCCCUGAAGCGGGACUGGAAGACGCACCACCGGACGCACUCGGGCAUCAAGCCCUUCAAGUGCUGGUUCUGCGGGGACGGCUUCGGCGAGCAGGGAGAGCUCAACGAGCACCUGCAGAUACACCGGGGCGAGAAGUGCUACCGCUGCGGCGUCUGCGGCAAGAUGUUCGUGUCCUACCAGGGCUUCAACUUCCACUGCAAGUCGCACCGCAGCCCCAAGAAGCUGCCCUGCAGCAAGUGCAGCAAGUCCUUCAGCAACCCUCAGAGCCUGAAGCUGCACCAGGUGACUCACUCCGACAGGAAGCCUCACAAGUGUCCCACCUGCGGGAAGGGCUUCAAGCUGCUGAGCGGCAUGCGCUGCCACCAGCGCACGCACGAGGACCUGAAGGACUACCACUGCACCGAGUGCGGGAAGUGCUUCUCCAGCCUGCAGGGCCUGAAGCUGCACAACCGCACCCACACCGGCCUCAAGCCGUACAAGUGCGCCGAGUGCGGCAAGCGCUUCACCCAGUCCCCGCACCUCAAGGCGCACAUGGUGACCCACACCGGGGAGCGGCCCUUCCUCUGCACCACCUGCGGCAAGCGCUUCACCCAGUCGUCCCACCUGCGGUCGCACAUCACGCUGUUCCACGUGGGCGAGAAGCCGUUCACCUGCGACGACUGCGGCAAGAGCUUCACCAUCGCCCACUACCUGAAGAUGCACCGGCUGAGCCACACCAAGGAGAAGCUGUACCAGUGCUCGUACUGCGAGAAGUCCUUCUCCUACCACAACUCGUGGCGAGCCCACGAGAGGAUCCACACCGGCGAGCGGCCGUUCAGCUGCCAGGACUGCGGGCAGAGCUUCAUCACGUCGGGCUCGCUGCUCAACCACCAGCGGGCGAAGCACACCGGGGAGAAGAGCCACUACUGCAUCACCUGCGGGGAGUUCUUCAUCACCAGCUCGCUGCUGCGCCUCCACCAGCUCAACCACACCGGCGAGCGGCCGCACGCCUGCGACUGCGGCAAGGCCUUCAAGACCAAAGGAGUGCUGCGCCACCACCUGAAGAGGUUCACGGACCACCAGCCCAUCGAGUGACGGAGCCGCAAGACCGCCGUCAUCCGCCUCACGUCAUCCGCCUCACGCUUUGAUUGGUUUGGUCAACGUCAUCUCUUCUUCUGUGGUGUUUUAAAGGUAGCUCCCAUCUGCCGUUUAAUCCAUGUGCCUGGAGACAUUGAGUGAAAACACUACAUGUUUGGCUGGACAGAGUUCAAAGGUCCAGCCAGAGUCGAUCAUUUCCCUUAGUAUCACUAAUGCACUGACGUAUCUGUACUUCCCAUGAUGCACUGCGAACGGGAGCUGCUCACUGACACAUCUGCUGCUUUAAAGUGAUGGCUCGACUGAAUGUGAACUGAAAACACACACACACACACCACACGCACACAGCUCCUGCUAACCCAGUGAUGAUUUUCUCCCAAAGACUGAAACCAGAACAGAGUCCGUUUCUCUCUCGUCAGAAGAUUUGAUCUUGAUCCCCUUUUCUCUCCCUGCCGAUCAGCCGGGUUUCUGUCUGCGUCUCUCAGAGAGCGACUGACCGAUGGACUGAAUGUUUCACGGCUUCCAUCCUGCCUGGAGGAAGCCGUGCAGCGGAACGUCUCAUAUUUCUAGGAUACGCGCCAAGCUUUAACACUAAGAACUGACCAGAGACUGUUGGUGAAGACUCUCAUGUGAUUGGCUGGCAGGUGUCUCAUCUUUUGGUCACCUGGAGCCUUAUAAAAAACAAAUAAGAAAAGAAGAAGAAAGAACUGUUGGAUACUUUAUUUAAGUUGGUGUACGUACCAAAGCUGAAAAUGGAUUUAACGAACUGCCAAUCUGAUCAAUCACUUUGCUUAUUUUCAAGGAAAUGAGUUGAAUAAUGUCGAUAUUCAUCACCGUUCUUCAUCGUAACUCAUCGCAUAAUGACUUCAGAUUUCAGGUUUAUGUUUUAUCCUGGCAACUGAGGCUGGAUAUGGACGUGAUAAUUUCAUUCUGUGAUGAACCUCAAGUUUUACCUUUUCCCGUCGAGCUUCAGCUUCAUAUUUCACAGAAUACGUUUUUGAAAGUUGGAGUUUUAGCACUGGCACGUGACGACCCAUCUGUCAUUAUCAGGCCUCGUUUUGUGAGCUAAAAAUUGUUCAUUAAGCAAGCGACGGAUUUGAUGAUGUAGCACUGCUGAAUGGAGCAGGAGAUGCCUCAGGACUCAGAGAUCUGAGCUGCUUUGGUGUUUUUGGUGAAGUAAUAAACGGUUCCUGAGGGAGUUAUCAUGAGACUGGGUGCAGCUAUAAGAAU